UAUUCUUAUUACUUAUUGGGGCUUUUGCGUUGCGUAUGCCUUUUAGCAGCUAUCGCUAUCGCUCCCAUUCGCUGUCGCUGGGGCUGCACUUCAAAGUUCAGAAUCAAAAGUUUUACAAUCCAAAAAAUCGAACCAAGAAUAUUUUCCAAUUAGCUAAAGCUGAAGAAAAAAUGAAGUAAAACCUCAUAACUUGUUGCAGUAUUGAUUGGUGCUAAGAAAAAUCGAAGAACUAUAAUUGUUAUCGCGUGAUGUAGUUAGUGUUGUAUUACCUGCCUACCUAUUUGCAAUUUGCCUAUAGUCACAGAGUCUCAGAGUCACGUAAAAGCCUACGAUAUGAAAUAGUGAACUAUUAUUAGUAAUUAUCGAGAACAUGACCCAAAAGUAUUUGCAGAUAAAGUAAAAUAAUAAUAAUUAAUUAUUGUUAAAGAGGACUUUGUUCGAGACACAAACAUUAAUUAAGUUGAAAUGAAUAUACACUACUGUCUUGGAGGAUGUUUGGCGGCACUGCUGGCUACAAUCUAUUGUUACCCAUCGUUUUUUUACAUAUUCUUGUUUAUAGUCUAUUCCAUUAUUCUUAUCUUGGGAGCCAUUGCUGGAACAAUCUAUAUUCAUUUUAAUUUGACCUCAAAAACGCAGCCCAAGUUAAUCCAUCAACCCUAUUCGAUAGUGUACAAUGCUACGAAGUCUAGCAUAUUUGAUUUGCCAAAACCGAUACAGAAUCCGUCGAAUUUGCCUUUGAUUUUUGGGAAAACUGUUGACUUGCAACUUCAACAAAUAAUCGAGUAUGUACUGCGGGAUUUCAUGUCACCAUGGUUGGGACAUGUGGCGACUAAACCGAAGCUCAUUAAUGAUGUAUUGCGCGAGGAUUUGUGGAACGCAGUACAAAAAAUUCGUGAACGCGCCAUCAAAGUCGAUGCGGCCAAGGUUAUAGCUGUUGAUAUGGUUAACCGUGUGACCGUUCAUUUGGAAAAAAUACGAAUAUCUGAAGCCAGAGCCAUUGAAACUUCGUCGACCCCAGUUUUUUCAACUAAUUCCUACCUGCAAGAUAUUGACCACGAAAUGCAGUUUUUACGAAAAUUAAGCGAAAUCAUGGUUAUUCUGUUACUGCCACGAGGAUAUUCUUUGCCUCCAUUAAAAAUUUUACUUACAGAAAUUCUAUCAUUCAAAAUAUUUUUCCCAAUGAUCAACAUGCUUACUUCUCCUGAUUACAUUAAUCAGAAAGUUGUUCAAAAUAUGGAGUCUAGAUUAGCUGCUGCAGCGAUAAAUAAACGCAGCUAUGAGUAUGCAGCAAGUUUUGAAGAUUUUUUAAAAAUCAUAAAUAAUUCUGGAAAUAUGGAAGAACUAUCAUUAAUACGAACAAGUAUUGUUAACGAUUUGAUGCAUGCAACAACAAUGCAAAAUCUACAACGAGCCAAAGGACUUGAUCCAGAUUCAGACGAAAAGUGUUUGUCGCGUGCAGAACUGACAACUGCUGUGAGACUAAAGCGAUAUGUCCAACAAUUAUCCUUCGCCAAAGCACAGUGUGAGAAAAAUCUCAUGAAAUUCGGAUGGAAAGGAAAUUACAGUAAUGAUAUGAACCUAACACUGACCGACAUAUUGAACACAAGCGUUGGUCGACGCUAUUUGACAAUAUUCUUAGAACCACUCAAAGCUAGUUCUUUGGUUGGGUUUUAUGUGGCAGUUGAAGAUAUGAAACACGCACCCAAAUCACAAUGGCAUCACAUGGGAACUGAAAUUUUUUACACACACAUUCGGGUACCAAAGCCCGAAAUAAAAAUCGAUAAAUCUGACCGCAAAUUAAUUGAGACAUUUUUACUCGGUGAUGCUGGUCCCGAUAUAUUUUAUCAAAUUCAAUCGAAUGUAGUUAAAACUUUGGAAGACAAAUACUUCCCACCUUUUUUACUUAGCGAACAAUAUCUGCAACUAAAAGACGCUCUAAAUUCUGAAGACUUCAAGGACCCCACCCUUAAUUUGCUGGCCGAUGGUCAAGAAGAACAAAAUACGUCGUCGGAAGCUGAAAACCAAAUGGAUGUAGCAACACACACCACCUAUGCUAGAAAAAAACUAGAACAAAUACAAGAACGUUUAGAUAAGAAGAGUUUAGCCCUGGAUGCACUGAAGUACUCUGUGAAACCCGAGUCGAAGGUACUCAUAAUACUGGAGAAAGAAAUGGAAUGGCUGAGGAAUGAAAAACGACAAACCGAAGCCCAUCUACGACGGACAGAUGCUUGGUCUGAUCACAUAGGAAAAUGGAAGGCAACAAUACAAAGUCUUGAGGUGAUAUCAGAUGAAAAGGAAUCUCUGCAGUUUAUGGUUUUAGUGCAUGUGGAUGAGGAUAUUAACAAUCCACAAAAUUACUGCAAGGAACAAAAACCGAGUAACAUCUCCAGUGGAUGGGUGGUGCUUCGCUCUAUUACACAGUUUCAUGAACUUCAUAGAAAAUUACGACCAAUGUGCAAUGAACUUAAAUCAAUUGACCUUCCGACGAACUUUAAGCUUUUCUUUUUGAAGAACGAUAAAAACUCUAUGGAAAAAAUUAGGGCACAAGUUCAGAAGUACUUAAAUUUUAUACUAGAAGACGACCAUUUAUGUGGAAGUGAAGCUAUUUAUACAUUCCUCAGUCCCAGUUCGGAUCAUUUAAAACAAACAACCCCCUCACCGAGAAAAACAAAAUUCUCCCUCUCAACGUUAUUCAAAAGUGACAGUGCCAAAGCUGAAAAUAACAAACCAUCGGAUCCCUUCUGGGGUCUUACUCAUCACCGCGAAGACGAUGAUAUAUCUAUGUACUUAGAAGGAUCUGAAUCAGAUUCCAAGCUUCAACUGGAUUUGGAUAGUAAGGAUUCGAUUGCAGAGCCCUUGUACGCAUUAAUGGGUGAAAUAUUCGAUAUGGGUGGAGUUUUUAAAUGGUUGCGAAAGAGUAUUAUAUCAUUUGUCCAAAUAUCUUAUGGUAGAACCAUAAAUAGACAAAUUCGUGAAUCUGUGGCAUAUUUGUUUGAGGAAUCAAUGCUACAUCACUAUUUCUCGGCAAUACUAAAAUCAUUUUGGCCUGGAGGUGUUCUUGCCUCGUCGUAUCCCCUACGAUCUGAGGACACGAUGGAAAUGACAAGAAACGCUGCCAAAGCUCUUCUCAUGGAUAACAUUCCAGAAGUAUUAAGUAAUCUCGUUGGUGCUCAGGCUGCUAAGCAUGGUGUGUUGAAAGUUUUUGAUGCUCUUCAAAAUCCCAUCUAUAAUAAACAACUAUUUUAUGAAUUAGUUGAGAUUUUGAUGAUUGAACUAUUUCCCGAAAUCAGACAACUUAAAGUAACAGCUUCUGCAAAAGCAGCAAAUAAUGUUAAAUGAACUUGUGAUUGUGUUAUUAUUAUGUAUAUUACAUUUUAUGUGUAUUUUUACAACAAACAAAAACCCCAUAAUUGAUCCCUCUCUAUAUAUGUAUGUAAUAUAUAUAUUAUAUACAAUAUGUUCUUAGUACAAAUUAAGUUUGAUAAUUUUACUCGUGGUAUUUUGGCGUGGAAAAAUAUAAUACUGACAAUUAACCAAAGGUCACAUCUUAGAAUUAAGACUAAAACAUUAAGUUUUUAAAUGUUAUUAUGUUUUAACUGAAAGCAAACUAACAAAAAAGAAAGAAAAACUCAACUCAUUCUCAAAUUUUUACUCAAUUAUGUUGAUUUUAUAGAAUUAUAUAAAAUUGUGCUCAUAUUAUAUAUAUUUUUAAUUUUAUGUUUGUUAAAAAAUGGAAAUUGAUAUUUCAUAAUCAUAAUGUGUUAAUGCCGCAGUAUUAACUUGUGUGUUUUUUGUUUUGUAAUUAUUAUUAUUCUUAUUUAAAUAUCACAUGUAGUGCAUUUUUGGUGAGCGUGUAUAGUUAUCUAAAAAUUGUGUAUCUACAAACAUAGCUAAUAAAAAAAAAGUAAAUUAACCACCCCAAAGCAAAUAUUUAUGUAGUCAAAUUAUGCCUAUACAUACCUUAUACAAUAUAAAAUAUAAAAUGAAUGAAUUUUGUGUAUAAA